UAGAGGGAAAUCUGCGUCUGGCUAGGUGGUGACAGGUCUCCGAGGAAAGAGCGGUGACCAGGUCUACAGCUCUGGCGGUGACAAUGACCGGUUGCGACCUAUCAGAAUUCGACUGGAGGGCCUCUUUGUCGGAUAUUCUGUCAGAAUCAAGCCGCGUCAUUAUUGACGUUGCUGGAGUGUCAUCCGCAGAGACAGCAGAAAGCGUCAGUGCCAGCUCUUCUGAUAACCUAGAUGCGCAUGUAGUCGACACUCUAACUAGUACUUUGAACGGAGAAGAUUCUCAAUACGGGAUAGAAACAUUUACUUAUGAGAUGAACGACAAUGAAGGCGCAGAAUUAGCGUUACCACUUCCUUGCCUGUCUCAGACUUCUGGUUGUGAUGACGACUUGGAUUUAACGUCACUAGACGUCCUACUUCCUUCGGUACAGGAACUAGCGGAUGCAGAAGAAUGCUCUGACAAAUUACUGAUAAGGAACACUGAAAUACUCUAUAGUCAGACUGAUUCCGGAGACGCUACAAAACGUUUUAAGGAAGCCAGAGUCAAACAUCUGCAGUCUAUAACACCUGGGUUACCUGCUAAGAAGUGCAACUAUGAUGGAUGUUCAUCAUCUUUCUCAACAUCAUAUAAGCUGAAACGACACAGUCAGUCUCACACACGCCUCCAAUCAUAUCAUUGCGUGCAUGAUGGUUGCUCAAAGACAUUUGCAAUGCCCUAUAACCUAACUGCUCAUAUAAAAGAGAAACACGAAGGUGUAGAAAGAACAAGGAAACACAUCACAAGACCAGCAUCACUUCAUUGCCAGCUUCCUGGAUGUAACAAGAGUUUUGAUCGAGUGUCAAAACUAAUUGAGCAUAGUAGGACACACAGUAGAGAGAAACCAUUUCACUGUGAUGUUGAGGGUUGUGGCAAAUCAUUCUGUAGUGCCAGCAAGCUGCGACGCCACAGUCAUGUCCACAGUAAUGAAAGACCAUUUCUAUGUUCAUAUUCUGGCUGUGGGAAGUCUUUUCGCCGCCUUGACCAUUUACGAAAUCACAAUCAUAGUCAUACAGGACAAUAGCCACACAACUGCUCACUAUGGUUAGCUAUUUAUAUUUAUUAUCCUCAAUUAACAAUAUGGUAGUAGUAUAUCACCCCAAAACUAUGACAGGGCAUUCCUACAAAAGCUUGCAUCCUCUGUUGGUCAAAUCUCUAAUCAAAUUCACAGAUCUAGAGGAGCAAGCCAAUGCCUGCAACUGGCU